AUGGCUUCACAGCCGCCGCCGGGCACCGGACUGAUGUCGGCCGACACGGCCGACCCCGAACUAGGCUCCGGAACACCUCCGGAGCCGAACCCCACCUCAAGAGCUAAGCGACGCCGCGACACCGAGGCUCAGCCAACUCGGCCUAGCCUAACGGGAAGCCAGCUUGACGCCACCAACGACGCCCCUUCCUCGGCCGAGAGGCCCGCAACCUCUACAGCAUCUGCUCCGACUGGGUCCGCCACAGAGUCCGUCUUGACAGCCCUUGCAGAAGAAGCCAGACAGUACGAGGCACGAAAAGACGUCUUUCUGACCAUUGCACAGUCCGUUGACAGCGUUGUCGCCAGCUUCGACGGUUCUAGAAAACAGAUCGCGAAAGAAGCCAGUGGCUAUGUCAUCCAAGCCCUCAAGAGACUGAUCAAUCAUGAGACAACCCCAGCAGCGGCUCGGAGUUGGGCGGCUGUCGCCGCACCGAUGGCGGGCAACACCACUGCGGCUACCUGGAGCGGCCAGAGCUCUGCCCGCCCAAAAGCCCCACUUCCCGCCCAGGAUCAGCCGCAGGCGCAGCCGGAGGAGGAUCUCCGCAUCUUUGCCCGUGUCCCGGAAGAAGGCUUAGCCGUCGCUCGGAAAAUCGCACCGUUCGCCGUACGACAGACCGUGUGUAAGGCUUUCGGCCUGGGGCUAGCGGACCUUCCUCACGUCUACCAUAUCAGCACAGGUUACUCUCUGAAGCCGCUAAACAAGCAAAUACAGGAAAGACUACUUACAAGACAGAAGCCUGUCCUUGCUCGACCGUCCCGCCUUGGGCCCAACCUAGUCACGAACGAGAUAUCUUGGCUCAUAUCAUUCACAUCGGAGGUCACGCCCUUCAGGCUCUUCAACCAAAGCGGCAGAUCUCUGCCCGUCAAGAAACGUAAGACGUUCAUCCGACACGACCCCGGCUGCCAGGGUUACCACUCCAACCGGUUCUGCGGACGACGACCGAUCUGCAGCAACUGCGGAAGACCUUCCGACUCACACGAGACGGGACCUUGCAUGGCCAGGCCUCAGUGUGCCAACUGCUGCGGCCCCUUCCAAGCCAGCCACACAGACUGCCCAGCGAGGCCCUCGGUCGUAAACGGCGUCGUCUCCCUUCCCGGUCGAAAGGAGCGGGCUCGUAUCCGGAAGGCCGGCCAGAAAGUAUUCGACACUCUGUACAAGGCUACUCGAUCCGACAGCAGCCAUGAGGCGGCAGGCGUCCCUACCUCUACCAGCCAGAACCAGCAGCCCGGCGCCAAGCGCGCGCGCACGAGAACGCCCUCCGCAAGCUCGAUCGUUUGCCUCGGCGACGGAAGCACUGACAGCAGCAGCAUGGAUGAAGACGAGGCGGAUGAAGCCGAAGACUCUCCCGACAACACCUACAUCGACCGUCCCGUGCUACCCAUGCCAAGCAGGAGCCAACGAGCGGCACAGAAGCCAAACUACAACGUUGCGAAUGCCUACACCCACCUCGAACUCGACUCGGAGACGUAG